GUAAUCGAAUUCAUUGUGUAUGAGUUCUUCGUAAUGGACAUCGGCAAUCAGACAGCGUUAGAAUCGCAAGCAGAAAAUAUUUCCAGUUAUGACAGCACGAUCAUGCAACCUGAUUACACAAAUCCGUGCUCGGCGGCGGAUGACUAUCUGAUCACGGAACGAUUCUGGUUAUGUGUCGUUGCUGGAGUGACUGUGUCCAUUAUAUCAAUUGUGUUCAAUACAUUUAUAUUCUUUGUUUUUGUCACAAAUAAGCAACACCGACGUUCACCAAACCUGUACCUUUUGCUACUUUCCCUUUUUGACGUCUUUAUCGCAUUUGCUUAUAUAGCCGUGAUGUCAGUUCGGAUUCUUGUGAACUUCACGUCCAGCGUAUUUCUAAAAUCUAUUUGGGUCCAUUAUAUGAUUCCAAUGCUAACUGUUUCUCACAUCGGAAUCACUUCUUCAACUUUUCUCAUUUGCUUUGCAUCAAUUGAGCGAUAUUGUAUUACAGUCAAUCAUUUCUUUGUACCGUACCUUCAAAGAUUUCGGCCUCUUCUUGCAUUUACUGCAAUAAUGUGUGGAGUUGUGAGCAAGGGAACAAUUGUAAAGGAAGUCGAUAUUUCUUACAAUCCAGAAUGUUAUGGAGAACUGAACUAUUGGACGGUUGUUCCCUCACAACUCCUAUUUGAUUUCCCAAAGAUCAAUGAAUAUUGGCGUUUUUACUUCCGUAACAUUUUCACAAUCCUUGCACCAUUCUUCAUACUUCUUCUUGUAAACUGCCUUCUUCUUUUCCAACUCCGCGAACAUGUCUUGAAAAGUAAAUGUGCUGAUCAUGAUAAGCAGAAUGUGAAGGAGAAGAAAGCCCGAAUUCGUGCAACUACAAAAUCUGUCGUUAUCAUCGUUUGCACAUAUCUGAUGUCCAACCUGUUGUCAGUCAUCAUUACUAUCUGGGAAUAUAUAGAUAAAGAGUCCAUUUUUAGCGAAGAUUGGAUAGCAUUCUACGUUCUUUCUGUUGAUGUUAUCUCCCUUUUGACAAUUGUGGCUUCGUCUGCUCGUUUACCAAUUUAUGCAUAUUUCCAACCGCUACUGAGAAAGGAAAUGGGACAGUGUCUAGGUGACUGGUGGUGUUGCUGUUUUUCUGAAAAUGACAAGAAAAUGUCUCUUCUGGACGAUCUUCAACUUCCAAAAACCCAAUUAAUUUCAACACCAGAUGGUGAAACUCCAAGCAUCAGCUCCAAAAUUGAAUUCGUCUAAUAUUUUUGCUCAUCAAGAUUAUGGUUUCAAUCGAGAAAUCAAUUUUUUAUUUUCUUUUUUCAAUACUGACGUGCAAUAAUAUUAAAAACGUUUUGUCAAAUCUCGCGGGUUUUUGUUUUUUUUUAUAAUUUUGUGACUAUUAUGUAUCAUUCAAGCAAAUAAUGUUUUCAAUGAUAAUAAAAAUAUUUU